UUUUUUUUUUUUUUUUUCUUUUUAUUAUUUAUAAAUUAUGUUUUUAAAAAUUUAAUUCCUUUUUUUUAUUUUUUUGUUUUCUUUUUUUUAUAAAUCAAUUUUAAUUUAAUUUUUUUUAAAAAAAAUUAAAAAUUUUUUUUAAAUUAUUAUAAAUUUUUACACAAUAUAUAUUAAUUUUUUUAAUUUUUUUCUUGUCUCAUCUUAAAUUUUAUUAUUUUUUUUAAAACACACUCUCUCACAUAUAAAUAUAUAUAUAUUUUUUAAAAUUAUAUUAAAUUUUAAUCUAUUUUAUUUUAUUUUUUUUUAAACCAAAUUAGAUCUUUAUUUUUAUAAAUCUUUUUAUUUUUAUUAAAAAUGUCAUCAGUUUCAACAGCUACCAAUACAGCUGCAUCUUCAUCACCACCACCACCAUCAUCAACCAAUAUAAAUUUAAAUAAAUCAUCAAAUAGGAUAUCAAAUAAUGGUAAUUUAAAUAAUAGUAAUAAUAAUUUGGAAACUAGCAAUAAUAAUGUGGCAUCUAUAGGUCCAAAUAAUAAUUCCCCACCAGCAACAGCAGGGUCAACUACAACCAAUGGUACAUCAUCACCAUCAAACUCCUCAACAUCAUCACCAUCUUCCUCUGCAUCAAUAUUAUCAUCAUCAAUUUCAUCAUCCUCCUCAUCCAUCACCAAUACAACAAUAAAACCAAAAAUAUUUGUUGGUGGUAUAAGUUGGAGGGCAAAUGAAACUCAAUUAAAAAACUAUUUCUCAAGCUAUGGAACGGUUUUGGAAUGUAAAAUCAUAAUGGAUUAUAACACAAAUAAAUCAAAAGGCUAUGGCUUUAUUACUUUUGAAAAUGAAAGUUCUAUAGAGAAGGUUAAAAAUUCAAAUCUAUUAUUCAUGGGAAAAACUAUGAAUAUUGGCGAUCCUGUUAGAAAAAAUCAACAACAGCAACAGGUCCAUCAACAACAAGCACAAGCACAAUAUUUGAUUCAGCAACAAGCACAGUACUAUAAAGGUGGAGUUAUUCCAACCCAUGAUGAUGGAAGGAAACAUUGA